AUGUACCAUCUCGCCAAGUCGCUGUAUCUGCUCGCGCGGCGGCAGGAGGAAUACUCUGUGAUCCUCCUGGGGCUGGACAAUGCGGGCAAGACGACAUUCCACGAGCAGGCCAAAUCGCUCUUCCUAGCCGAGCACCCAGACCCCAAGCUCAAGACCGUGCCGACCGUAGGCCAGAACGUGUCCACUCUCACCCUGCCCGACAUGUACCUCAAGAUUUGGGACGUGGGCGGCCAGAUGACCCUUCGCAAGCUGUGGCAGAGCUACUACGCCAGCUGCCACGCCAUCGUCUUCAUCAUCGACAGCACCGAUAUCGGGGACGGAUCACUCGAGCACGACGGUUCCGGCCGCCUUGAUGAGUGUCGCCUCGUGCUCGAGGAUGUGCUGCAGAAUUCCGAGACGGAGGGCGUGCCGCUUUUGAUAUUGGCGAAUAAGCAGGAUCGCGAGGAUUGCGUCGAGGUCGUGCGCAUAAAGGAGGGCUUGGUGAAGAAGGUGUUCGAGGGCGAGAAGGCGUCGAGUAUACGCGAUUCCCGGGUGCUGCCGGUGAGCGCUCUGACGGGCACAGGUGUGAGGGAAGCGAUUGAUUGGGUUAGGUCGAGGGUUAAAUGGAAUAAAGAGUCAAGACCGCCAGUGAUGCGGUGA